AUGUAUGUGAAAUGGUUUGAUACAGUAAUGUUUUACUAUGUGAUUUUAGUGAUUUUAGUGAAUGUCACUUUUUGUCAUUUUGAAAUUUCCUGCCGUUCCGUCCCCCGUACGUCCCGACGCUCGCAGAGGACGGAACCCAGAUGACAGAUGCCGGAGGACAUUGCAGGGGACACUGCAGGAGGGACAUCGCGGGAGCGCAGGACAAGGUAAGUGAUCGAGGAAUCGCGGAGCAGCGCUGCAGGGUAUUCCAGAGUGUAGCUUGGGGUUACCGCUUGUGCUACACUCGGGAAUACCGCCAGGGGGGUUAAG